AUGCCGAGCGAUCACCCUCGCCGCCGGGCCCUCCUUCCGCUCAACCUGCCCCGGCACAUCCCAUACUCCCGCGCGCUGCAGCAGCGCCUCUUCCUCGUUGCGCAGCACCUCAGCCACUCCCCGUCCUCUUCUGCCAUCCGUCGUGGCCUCGACCAGCUCCACGCGCAGCUCCUCCUCAACGGCUUCACCCACAAGCGCUUCCUCCUCGCCAAGAUCCUCUCCCUCGCCGCCGCCGCCGCCGACCUCCCCCGCGCAGAGUCACUCUUCCUCCUCUCCGUACCACCCUCCCCGGCGUCCCCCACCCUGGCCAACCUCCUCCUCCGCGCCACCGCAGCGUCAGGCGCCACGCCCGGCGCCCUGCUCGCGUUCUUCUCCCGCCUCGUGGGCUGCCACGGGCUGUGGCCCAACGCAUUCUCUUUCUCCACUGUCUUCUCUGCUAUCACCCCCGCGGGCGCCGGGGCGCUCCCCCACGGCCGCGCCCUCCACGCCCGCGUGCUCGAGAGUGGGAUGCUCGCCUUGGCCAGCGAGAGUGGGCACGUGAUGACCAGCCUCAUCGACGUGUACGCGGCGUCCCGGCAGCUCGGGGAUGCCAGUAAGGUGUUCGACGAAAUGUCAACUAGGGCGGUGGCAGCGUGGAACUGCAUGCUCACCGCGUACGUGCGGUGUGGCUUGGUGUGUUAA